AUGUUUCGAAGAACAGGCAAGAAACAACCAUUUUACAUUACUGGAAGCAAAGAAUACGAUACGCUAUUUGAAAUACAAGGUGUAAAGCAUAAAGGUGAUAACGGACGUAUUAAAAAAAUAACGACAAAUACAUCUCGGGCAAUUGGACAAUACAUUCGAAGGCAACCCUCAAUUUCUGCUGGGUCUGUUGCUGAUAAAUUUAAAGAUAUAGGAGUAGAUAUCUCCCGCUCAACUGGUUCAAGGCAUUUGGUUGACCUUGAG